AUGUUGAUCCCAUCCAUAGACAUAUAAUAGUCUAAAACGAUAUUUAAAUUAAUUAAUAUUAAUAUAUUAUGAAUGUAUAUGCAUAACUGCUCUUUUAUAAAUUUACCUUAAAAUUAAUUUCUGUUUACUAUAUUCGAUUCAUAUUAUUAAGAUGACAGAAGAAGAGAAAACAAUUGAAGUUAAAAAUAACUAUGAUCAUCUGAUAGCUGAAGAAAAGAACAAGCACACUGUUUAUUGUACGAAAUGCCCAUCCAAGAUUUUGUCAUCUACAAUGGGAAAGCAUUCAAAAAUUCAAUUCAAUCUUCCAUACAUGUCUCAAAGAAAAAAUUUUGAAUCAGUUGAAUGUGAACUGUUGUCUGAUUAUUGGAUGGUACCAGAUAUGUUUAUGUUUGAUAAUAUUGGCUUCUCAAAAACUGUGGAAUUUGGUCUUAAAUAUCUCAUAUGCGCUGAUUGUGAAAUUGGUCCAAUUGGAUGGUAUGAUGAUAAAACUAAACUUUCAUAUUUAGCACUGUCUAGAGUUAAACAUGCUGAAGAUUCAUGAUAUUUAUUACACCAUAUUGUAAAUACUUAAUACAUUCUAAUUUUUUAUCAUAUAUAUAUUAUAACAUAGUAGGUUAUUCAAAUAAAAAUA